AUGGAGGAUACACUUGUUCUCAUCAAGCAUGCUAACUUCAUACCAGAAGAUUCAUUGAGAAGAAGACGUAAUCAAAGAAUAUUAACGACAGAAAACAAUAAAUACAUGCGAAAGAUCGAAGAACUAGCGAAUGAAUGGUUAAGAUUCUUUCGCGAUAAGGAGUUACAAGAAGAAAAAAACAAGUCCAUUGUGAAGGAAGAGGUAAGUGCUGAGCGGUUAAGAAAGUCAAAGGGGAAGCGUCCACAGUCAACAACAUCCGUUGUGAAGAACGUGAGUAAAAAACGAAAGGUACCAAAAAAGGGAGAGCGUCCACCCGUGGUGACCAACGAGAUAACCCAACGGUUAGACGAGUUCAUCGUGAGCGAGAUGAAUGGGACGGACGUGAAACUCGUGAUUCAGAAGACGUUGUACAAGUCGGAUACACUGAAAACUCAAAACAGGUUAAACAUGCCGUUUAACCAACUGCAGACGAAUAAGUUCUUGACGGAGGAUGAAAGACAAAUUGUUGAGUCGUAUGUUCCCAAAGAGAACAACAUUGAGGUUUCGUUGUUGGGGCCAACGUUGGAGAUGUACAAGUUGAAGUUGGAACUGACAAUGUGGCCUAUGCUUAGUACCUACAACUACGUGUUGAAGACAAACUGGUACCAGUUUUGGUUUGAUAAUAAAAAACAUUUGAAGGAGGGUUCAAAGAUUCAAGUAUGGUCGUUUCGUCGAGAUCAACAGUUGUGUUUUGCGAUCGUGUGUGUCGAGAAACCAGGUGGCAAAGGCGACGUGGUUUAA